AUCGGCUUAUUUAAGAAGUUAAUAUCGCUCAUCCCUAUUUCCAGAUAAUGCAAUAUUUUUUAUUUACGUGUAACAAAAAUGAAUUGUUAAAAUAAAUUGGCAAUGAUUGUGUUUCUCCUCUGGGUGUCUUUAUUAUUAGUAUCUGUGGCGGUAUUGUCAUUUAUUUCCUUGAGACAAUGGUUGCUAAGUCGGAAAAAUAAGUUGCAUUCAACGUCUGGAAAUGCUAUUAACGUGGGCAUUUUCCACCCGUACUGCAAUGCGGGUGGUGGCGGUGAACGCGUUUUGUGGUGCGCCGUAAAAGCGUUGCAGGAAAAGUAUCACAAUGCCAAGUUGAUUAUUUACACGGGCGAUAUAGACGCCUCUCCCAAUUCCAUAUUGCAAAAGGCCAAAAAUGUGUUCAACAUUGCCGUUGAUAGUGACAAUGUAAAGUUUGUCUUUCUGAAGCACCGCCAAUGGGUCGAGGCCAAAAACUAUCCCCACUUCACAUUGCUGGGCCAGAGUAUUGGAUCGAUGGUCAUGGGCCUAGAGGCGUUGUGCAAGUUUCCGCCUGAUAUCUUUAUUGACACCAUGGGGUAUGCGUUCACGUUUCCUCUGUUUCGGUAUUUGGCCCAGUGCAAAGUGGGAUGCUAUGUGCAUUAUCCGGUCAUCAGUACGGAUAUGUUGAAGAGGGUUCAGCAGCGCCAGAUGUCCCACAAUAACAAGAAGUACGUGGCGAGAAAUCCGUUCCUCACUUGGACUAAAUUGACCUACUACCAAUUAUUCUCAAAGAUGUACAAGUGGGUCGGUUGUUGCGCUGAGACAAUUAUGGUGAACUCCUCUUGGACGGAGAAUCACAUUCUGCAGCUUUGGGAUGUGCCAUUCAAGACCCACAGAGUGUACCCACCGUGUGAGGUCAGCCACCUGAAAAAUCUUCAGCACACCGGAAAGGGCGAGGAAUUUAUCAUCCUAUCUGUCGGACAAUUUCGUCCGGAAAAAGAUCACCCCCUUCAACUGCAGGCCAUAUACGAACUGCGAACUCUUUUGGCCCAGGAUGAGGCCCUUUGGAACAGAAUAAAGCUUGUUAUUGUGGGAUCCUGCCGAAAUGAAGAGGACUAUGACCGUUUGAAGAACAUGCAAGACUUGACCAAACAUCUGUCCCUCGAAAAUAAUGUUCAAUUUAAAGUAAAUGUCCCGUACGAUGACCUGCUUAAACUGUAUCAAACCGCAAGCAUCGGUUUACACACCAUGUGGAACGAACACUUUGGAAUUGGAAUCGUUGAAUGUAUGGCGGCUGGCCUUAUUAUGGUGGCGCACAGGUCUGGAGGACCCCUGCUUGACAUUGUAGAAACCUCUGAGGGAAGUCAGAACGGGUUCCUAGCUACUGAUGCAGUUGAAUAUGCGGAAAAUAUAUUAAAUAUUAUUGUUAAUAACGACGAAAUGAACGGAAUUCGAAGUGCUGCAAGAGCUUCGGUUGAAAGGUUUUCUGAGCAAGAAUUUGAGAAAAACUUUCUGAGAGCUGUGUCAACACUGUUCACAAACGUUUAAAACAAUAAAAACAAUUCUUAUCAUGAGUA